AUGGGUUCGAGCCUGGGCGUCCCCUCCUACGGUAGGUCGUCGUCUUCUUCGUCGAAUCAGUUCGCCAUGCCAAUGCCAACGACGAGGGUGGAGUCCCGGUGCGUUCCGCGGACAGCGCAGGGCACCCUCUCGUUCGAGGUCACCGGCUACCGGCAGCUACUGAAGGGAUUCGCCGGAAGUUUCAUCAGUUCAUCGAGCAUCCUAGUCGGCGGCUACAGUUGGUGCCUCCGAUACUACCCGGACGGAGACGGCAGGGAGGAGUGCAAAGGCUUCGCCGGACUCUACCUCGAGCUGCUGACCAAGAACGUGGUUGUGAAAGCGCUCUUUGAUUUCAGAUUGGUCGAUCUGACCACAGGGGCGCCGUCCGUGAUCCAGCAACUGGAGGUACCGCUGUCGUUCAACACCGUGGACGCCAGUAGAAACCAACAAGGCGGGGGAGUCGCCACAAACAAGUACCUUAAGCGGAGUGAACUGGAAGCUUCAGUGUACCUACGCGACGAUCGCCUCGUGAUCGAGUGCGAAAUCACUGUUGUCAACGAGCCAUUGGUGGUGGAGACCAUGAAGACGACCACCGUGGUAGAGGCACCCCAUCGAAACCUGUCGCGAGACUUCGCAAACCUACUAGAGUCUAAGGAAGGAGCUGACGUGACUUUUGAGGUGCAAGGAGAGGUUAUCCCAGCUCAUACCGUCGUGCUAGCAGCCCGGUCGCCAGUUUUCAAGGCGCAAUUCUAUGGUCCGCUGAGGGAAGAGAGAGGGGAACGUCACAUAACCGUGCAAGACAUGCAGCCUGCCGUCUUCAAGGAGCUCCUCUACUUCAUCUACGCCGACUCGAUGUCUCCUUGCAUCCACGGCCUUGGUGGCGACGAGAAGAAAGAAUUCACUAAGCAUCUACUGGUGGCGGGGGAUCGGUAUGACGUCCAAGGGCUGAGAUCGGUGUGCGAGACAAAGCUUUGCGAAAGCCUUGAUGUUUCGACCGUGGCAACCAUGUUAGCCUUCGCAGACCAGAACAAUUGCGAAAAGCUUAAAGGCGCUUGCGUUGAAUUCAUGACUACCAGCUGUAAGUUGGAAGACUUGGUUGCAAGCAAUGGGUAUGAGGACCUCAAAUCAUCAAGUCCUGCUGUCUUUGUAGAUCUCUAUGAGAAGGCAGCUAGGGCAAGAAAAAUUUAG